UGUUAGUCUCUCAGCCGGUCGUCCAGCGAUCAUCCAGCCUCCCACCACUCAGUCAGUCAGUCAGUCCGUUGGUCGGUUGGUGGGUGUAAAUGCAGGGCUGCUGGUCAGCUGCUCCGGACGCCUCCUCGUAUCUCCCUCAGGAUCUCCCACCUUUAAACCAGCCCAGGAGCCGCUGAGGUUUAUUGUGGUCAUCACUAUGACUGAAGGGGAUUAUGACUACCUGAUAAAGCUCCUGGCCCUGGGGGACUCCGGCGUGGGGAAGACCACGUUCCUGUACCGGUACACAGACAACAAGUUCAACCCCAAGUUCAUCACCACAGUCGGCAUCGACUUCAGGGAAAAGAGAGUGGUCUACACAGCGACUAACCCCAAUGGGACGGCCACAGGGAAAACCUUCAAGGUCCACCUUCAGCUCUGGGACACAGCUGGACAGGAGAGGUUCCGCAGCCUGACGACGGCGUUCUUCAGGGACGCCAUGGGCUUCCUCCUGAUGUUCGAUCUCACCAGCCAGCAGAGCUUUCUCAACGUCAGAAACUGGAUGAGCCAGCUACAGGCCAAUGCCUACUGUGAGAACCCAGACAUCGUCCUGGUCGGGAACAAGGCGGAUCUGGCCGACCAGCGGGAGGUUCAGGAGAAACAGGCCAAGGAGCUGGCCGACAAAUACGGGAUCCCGUACUUUGAGACCAGUGCGGCGACGGGGGCCGAGGUGGACAAGGCGGUGAUCACGCUGCUGGACCUGGUCAUGAAGAGGAUGGAGCAGUGCGUCGACAAACCUCCGGCCGAUCCAGCCAACGGGAACGGAGCCACGAAGCUCGGAGAUGCACAACCCAACGAGAAGAAAUGUGCAUGUUAGACGAAGACGGCGAAUCAGGACAACCACCAGUCAGCGCUCCUCCUCUGUCUUCUGUCACACUCCCUCCUUCUUUUUACUUUUUUGAUAGCAUGUUUCUUCACCUUCACUUUCUUCUCUUUGAAACUAACUUCAAGCCACCUUCUCCUCCCUCUUUUGGCUCUUUUUGCUUCCCUUUAUUCUACUUUGUCCUUGCCAAAACUGUCACUGAAACAACUUUACCGCCCUCUAAUGGACAUUCGAGGUGAUGCAGCCUCAGCUCUGUCUGCCUUUAGGAGGAAAUGAAACCAGGAGGGGACACUUUCAUCACUGUCACACACUUUUAAUGUUGAAAACAUGCAGCCUGGGAAUUAAGCUCCGCAUGCUGCCAGUUUCUCUGCUCGCAAGUGCUUUGAAUGAUUUAAACAGACCUAAACGCUCAAAAAGACAUGUUUAAAAGUUUAAUUAGGAGGUAAAUAUUCAAGUUUGUGUUAAAUCUGGACCAUGAAGUGUUUAAUUUCAGGCUGCGUGUCUUUAAAUUCAGUCACGGUCCUCUCCUGAAGCUUUUCCUCCUGGACCAGGUUGAGGAAUUGUGUGACCAAUGUAUUUGUAUUUUUAUUUUUUUCCUCUUUUUCACACUGUGUUCUAUGCUGUACCUGUACUGGCCACAUGUGGCGAUUUUUCGGUGUUUAGCUGUUCUUUGUUUGUUAAAAAUGCACUAAACGGUGUGGGGUUUGGUUCAGAUUGGUUUCUUUUGUCUGCUUGUUAGCUUUUCUUGCUAACUUUAGCAUAUAUGGAUCCACAAUGAGCCAUGCGAAUACAUAUUAAGCCAAUAUUUAACUUUCUGUUAGUGAUAAAUAAGAAUAUACAACACUACCUAAGACACAAUGAACAGGAGGUUUUUAGUUCAUUCUGCUAAGGGCUACUCGCUAGUCACGCAGUUAUCAGAAUAGUUUCCCAUCGCUAACUUCCUGUUUUGAUUGAUUUACAGAGUUUUGACCAGCUAAUGUAGAAGUGUCUGCAGUUAUAUUCAGUGGCUACUAGCGGGAUGCUAAUUUUAAAAAAAGUGGCACAGUAUUUUUGAGUAAACACAGUGUUUUAGCAACUUUCAAAUAGUCACAGUGUGAAGAUAUAUAGAGAAGUUCAACAGAAAACUUUUUAAAAUAGUUUUUCCACAUCAACACAGUAUCUUGCAAUCAACGGCUCUUUCCGUCUGAGAUUAAUGUGGCUAAGUUCUUGCUUUAUGUGGCAAUACUUGAAGAUUUCUGUAACUUUUUGCCAAAAUGUCCAGUUUUUCAGAGCAAAACAACAGAAUGUGACAAGCUAAUGUAACCUACCCUACUAUGCAUUUCUUUGUGGGUAAUAGAGAAUUACCAUGCAAUUAUUUAGAAAAAGUAUUGUUUGGUUACUUUAUGCUCUUAUAUUCCAUCUAAAACACCGGACACUUUUAUUUUAGGUUGACUUUCCAUUGCAAGAGCAAGGUGGAACUAUUCUUGUAAUCAGAUAUUUUGCUUCUUCUGUUAUUUUGACUAUGGCCUUCAAGUCCAAGUACGUCAAAACUACUAAAAAAUAGUAGUUUCUGGGUGCAACUCCAGUUCUAUGGGCACAUAGGAAAGAGAGCAAAGGAGAGUUUGGUUGUGGCUUUAUGUGCCAAGUACUUGAAGUUUUUGCUAAAGUAAAGAUAAUACGUCCAGUUUUUCAUAGCAAAACAACAGGAUGUGAUAAGUUAAGCUAACGUAACCUACUCUAUUAUGGAUUUCUUUGUGCGUAAAUAGAGAAUUGCCAUGUAAUUAAUUAGAAAAAGCAUAAUUUCGUUACUUUAUGCUCUUAUAUUCCAUCUGAAACACCAGACACUUUGUUAUUUAGGUGACUUUCCACUGCAAGAGCGAGGUGAAACUGUUCUAGCAAUUGAGCUUUUUGGUUCUUCUGGGGUUUUUUCUAUGGCAUCAAGUCCAAAUGCGCCAAAACUAAAAAAAAAGUAGUUUCUGGGUGUAACUCCAGUUCUGUGGGCACGUAGGAAAUAGAACAAAGGAGAGUUUGGUAUUUUACCCUAUAUGGUGAAUUUUAUGUACAUCAAGAAGGAAGAAAAAUGGCGCUUGUUGUCAUCUGUUAGUUUAGCCUUUCCUCCAAGUUUAACCAAUCACCAUCAAGAACCUCUUACUCUCCUGCAAAAGCAACCCCUAAAGAGGUUCUACAGGAGUGGUUCCUGAGGUGAGAACAUGCAAAUAGGUUUAAAACUACUUCACUUAGCUUUAGUUAGCAAUCUGAGUAUACUUUGCUGUAUAUACGUUGCACCUUCACGAUGAAGACAGACUUGUUUGAUUGCAACUUUGGAGAUAAAAUCCUUAUUGUAGGACCAGUAUGGGUACAGCGGGACACGUGCACUAGAGAAAAAAAAGCCAACACUGUAUAUCAUUAAUGGUGUGUUUACCAGGAUAGACGUAUUGUUUCCAAACUGAUCUACUGCCUUGGCUUUUAAAGUGUUAUUCCACUUUGGUGGGACUAAUUUCAACGUUUGUUGGAAUUUGAGACGUCAACUAAAAAUGUUAGAUGUUCUGUAGACGGAUUGUCGCCAUUUACCUGGAAAACAAAUGGUAAUUCACAGCUUAAAAGAUAAUGCCUAUUUUACAGAAAAAUAUCCUUUAUACCAUGAAAAUAAUAAAAAAUAUUAGAUGUAAAGUCCGUCAGGUGACAUUUGAUCUUCGGUUCAGCUGAUUUUUAGAUUCUGACUUCUCUCCUUUCAACAGAUAAUCUCACAAAGUGGAAUAUGGCUUUAAGGCCCCAUAAUGUACAUGACCAAUGUUGUUAGAAUAUACAGUGACCAAUUAUUUAUAUUAAAGAAAUGUAAAACAUAUUGUCAUUUUUGUUGUCAUGCUUUCAUUCUGGUCUUUAAAUCCUACAGUCCCAUUUCAUUUUAUUUUAAUGUUAAUGUCCGUCGAGAAACUGCAUUUACAUUUGUCAUUUACGUUUCUUUGCUUUACUUUUUUUAAGCUCAGCUAUUUUAAUUUACCCAAAAUUGACAAUUUUAUUUGACAAAUGUCUCUAAUGUAGUAUUAUAAUUCUUCUAAAAAGUACAGUAGAAGACCUUUUUAUUAAGUUACUACAUGGACGAACUUAUUGUUAUGAUUUGAGGCUUAACACCAUUAACGAUGACUUAAAACUUGCAUUUUUUUCCCCCAUCAAUGUACACUCCGUAACCCAAAACACUGAAAUUGUGUUUUUUUGGGAUUUUAUUUACAGUCUACCACUUCCUAGACAUCCCAUUGGCAGCAUGUUUUUCUGGACAAGUCUUUAGAGUAUUUGCACACCAGGAUUUGGGAAGUUUGUCCCAUUUUUCCUCAAAGAUCCUCCAAAGAUGCAUCAACUCGGACUGGAUCUUUAGGUGUCUCUACAGAUGUUCUCUAGGGUUUAAGUCUGGGCUUUGAUUGGGCCACUCAAGGACAGUCACAGCUAUUUUCAUCCGCCUCUCAGUAACCCUGCCCUUGUGGCUGAGAAUCACCUCUAUGACAUGAUGCUGCACCACCAUGCUUCACUGUACAGAUGGCAUUAUCCACCCAUACCCCUCUUUGGCUCACUUAGUGACCAGUAUCUCUGCUCUUGCUGCUGAGAAGCAUCGCCUAGGCAUGAUGCUGCCGCCACCGUGCUUCACUGUAUGAAUGGUGUUACCACCCUUACACCGACAAGAUGCUCCUGAUACAUGCCUUACCACAAGAUUUGGAUUGAAAGGUUGCUUUUUUGUCCUGCAGUAUUAAUUCCGGUACCUUUACAUAUACUAUAUAUGUCCAAUCUGUUAAAUGUUCCAUUGGUAGGAUGUAAUUAAAUUCUAGAUGUCAAGGAUUGUUAAAGCAGUUUGCAAAACAGUUUGUAGAUGCUGAACACUUUCCUUGAAUCAAGUCACAUUUUGAGAUUCACCAGAGACAAGGGAAAUGCUAAAUUUGCCUGCUUCCAGAUGACAGAUAAAUAAUUUCCGUGCCGUUUUCCAAGAGGUCAGCAGCAAUGUUAAGAAUAACGUGGCUCAUGAGUGGCAAAAACCUGCUUGCUAGUCUUAAAAUUUUUGUAUUUUGGUCCUUCAAAAUAGCAUCACAGAGCCAAAUGUGCCAAAUAAAUAGUUCUUGUUUUGGGAAAAAAAACCAAACUUCACCCUACUCGACACUUCAAUGUUUUAAAUAUAUAUUUAUGAGCUCUUUUAAAAUUUGAAAUCCAACCAGUCACUUGCCAACAGCUGAUCUCAGUGCCAAAUUAACUAAUUUCCAGGCUGCGGUUUGAUUUCCGUCAGUAGCGCUGAAAUUUGGCGCUGUAUCCAAAUUUCCAGAAAAUCCUGUAUCUUUAUGGGUUGUUUGUACCAUUUUCAGCUGAUUAUCUAUAGAUUUUGUUUGUAAGUUAUGUAUUAUUAAAAAUACAGGUCAUAUUUGGUAUUUUUUAAACAGCUCCCAAAGCAGCUUAGUGACGUUCUCAUAAUGUGAAGGUUAUUAAUUCAUGAGGAAAGUGAUAUUUCAAUCCAGCUGUGACUUUUAAGACUUUGUUUAAUUCCGCAUUUUACCACUAGGGGGCAGGAGACCGAGCUGAAACACAGCAGUGGUAUAUUUUCACCUUAGGAAGCUGUUAUUUCGCAUUAGCAGCUGCCUGGUUAUAUUUUCGACAGACGCGUUGUCGUAGUUUUUGGUUUUAAUCCAAAUAUUUAAUCUCCUUUUCAGUUUCAUGGAAGCGCUGAGACCAUAAAACCAAAACUACGGGCUAAAAGAGGCUAAAAAAAAAGCUCCUUAUCAUGCUGCAAAACUCUCUGUGGCUUCACUACGAGUGUCAGUUUUGUUGCUAAAAAUUUAUUGAUUAGUGUGGCUUUAAAAUGUCAUAUAUGUCCUUAGAGUUUGUAUAAAUGUGUUGAUUUUAUCCAAGCUGCUAAUCAAGUGUUUCAGUUUUUGAAAAGUUUCCCUGUUGUUGGUUCAGAGUUUAGUGAAACUAACCUUUGAUCAAGAUGACUAACACCUAAUUUGGGUUAAAUGUUGCAAAAUAUCUCCAGUAGUUUAAAUAAAUUUACUUUGCAAAGACUAAAUUUACAACUUGGAUCAACUUGAGACAAUCUCCAGAGGCAAUUUGUUGGCUUUUCUUCAUAAGUUGCUCAUUAUCUUUUCACACAUUCGUCUUCAGUUAUUUUUCAAUGUGUUUUUAUUUCAACACCUCCAUAAUUCAUCUUGAAUGUAGGUUUUUGGAUUCACUUUGAAAGUUUACACAGUUUGCAGUCGUGUUGUGCCUGUUCUAAUAACUCCUCUGUCUGAUCCUCUGUAAGGUUUGUGAGCUACUGAAUAUUUUAAUGCAUUAUCUAUUACAGAUUUCAAAGCAGAGACAAAAGAGGAACAGAAGUCUUGAUGUUUUUAGUUUUUUCCUUCUUUUAUUUUUUGUGUCCAAUGUAUCAAAACAAACGAAUCAAUCCGAGUUACCUCUAAGAGCUUUUAUUUUUGGAAAUCCUCUGUGUGUGAACUCUCUGAUGCCUGCGGUUCAUAUCGUUUGUUCAGUUUUUCCACUGUGUGUCUCGAUGCCUGUGUGUGUUUGUUGCACCGUUAGCAUGUUUGACACCUCGAGAAUGGAAUGAUCUGCGAUGCGUUUCAGUGUUUCUGAUGCCAGAGCUGCAAAUAAAUCUCUCUUGGUUUUA